ACCUGAACCUCGCUGGGCAGGUGUGCACGAGCGUAUGUACGUACGUAGGUCGUGGAGUUGAGAGUGAAAGUACGAACAGAAGGAUCGCCCGGUUGGUUAUAAUGGCUACGCGAGACUCAAGCCACACUCACUCACCUCUCGACCAGCGACCAGGAUGAAGCCUUCGACGAUAGCCGUGUGGACGACUUUAUUGGCGUUGGUAACGGCGGCGCCGCUACCCACGCCAUCCUCCCAACCUUCUCCCGAGGAGAACUUGAUCGAGGCACAUGAAGAAGGAUUGCUACUGUUGGUGCCCACUCUGCCUGCCGAUGAAGACAAGAACGGCAAGGAUCUGAAAAGAGAGGUUGAGUAUGAGUUGAUCUCCAUCCCCAAGGAAGUGCUUCGUCGGGAGAUCCGCCAGGUUGCAGAGCUGUACGGGACUCCCAGGGACACACAUCAGGACACUGGGAACGUUAUCGUGUCGUCACAAAGUUCGAGUUACCAGCACAGCACUCCCAACCCACAUUUAGACCUCACCCAACUGCUGUUGUCGGGUACGAAGCAAGCCACUGGUAUCCUCGGCGGGCUCGGCCAAACCCUCGUGGGCGCCAAACAGGUCCUGUCUUCGGUGGUUCCUGCUGCCGCCGCUGGGGGAGCACAAGCCGCCAGGUGGGUGGUGCAGAACAAGGCUAACGGGGUGAGGACUUUCGUGGACCUGGCAGGCUCUGGACUCCGCUACGCCGGCCAGCUGAGUUCCUCUGUCUUGCGUGUGCUUCUGCAGGUACCGGGCAUCAAGGCGCGUGUUCUUGCUGAAGUCAUCCGUGCCAGUCAGCCACUGAGCUACGCUAUCAGUGACGUCUUGUCUGAGAACUCAGACGAGCUCGCCACUUUCUUGGAGGUGAAGAAUGAAAUUAUAAGGGACACACUGGACAUCAUCAUCCGCCUCAUCCAGGACACGCUGGCCAUCAAGGGUAAGAUCCUCGCUCGCCUUGGAUCAUCAGGACUGGACAUCGGUGCCACUGUCUUCAAUGCCGGCUUGAAGCUCGGCGGUGCCUUUGUAGAGUCCGCGGGAGGCAUCGCCACCGCCCUAGGAAGUGGUGUUGGGGAUCUCAUCCGCGUGGGAACAUCCGCCGAUUUCCCUCCGCCUCCUGCCUUGCCUCUGAUCAACCUCCCAUCUCUGUUGUCACUCGACCUGUCAAAACUCUUCUCACCCCCUACCCAGUCCUAUACCACCACGCUAAAGCCCCUCCCACUGCCAUCCAAGCCUCCCGUCACUCCCGCGCCGCUUACAAUCAAGCCAUCUUACUCCUAUGACCCGCCCACCCCUCCAUCCUAUUCGUAUGAUGCACCAUCCACAUCCUUCUCGUACGACCCGCAACCUACCUCUUAUCUGCUACCCAGUAAAUAGUCUACCUCGUUUUCCCUAUUCGUAAAGUUGUCUUCCAAAUACAAACAAUACCUGACUCGGCUUUAACAUCACCUGGUACAGCCUGAUGAAGAACAGAGAACCUGAACUUACAGAUUUGUGCUGCCAUUCCACCGACUAUAUUAUCAUAACAGCAUACUUAUCACUGUGACGGUCUGCUUGCCAGCCUUUUAGAUAACAGCUGGUACUCGGAGUGCCUCGUACGCCUCUCGGGAGCCUUAUGAAGGGAACCUUAAUCUCAGGUACUGCAUGUGGCCAUCUAGGCACUGCUUCCCUUCCUCAGCCCUCCUCGGGGCCUGCUUGUCACCAAGACAGGUAUAACUGAACUUCCAUAAACGAAGACAGCACUCGGUCAUCACCGGUCAUCGUGUCGCUCAGUGACAUGAUGGACCAUUGGUAGUAACACCCGCGGUCCACUAAAUGUGGAAGCCCAAGUCAUUCUAAUCUAAGAAAGUUAUUGUUUAUUCUUGUCGUGUAGACCUGUGUCAUUAUUAUUUUUUUUUUAGAUGUGCCUUUUCUCACAAGCUGUCUUUUGUAUAAGUGUGUGUGUGUGUGUGUGUGUGUGUGUGUGUGUGUGUGUGUGCAAGACAUUUCUUUUUAUUCUUACAAGUAAUUUAACAUUUUUCUCACAAUGUCUGUUAUUUUGUAUUUUCAUGUAAAUAUAUUUUUCAUCAACAAGCAGAAUAGUAAUGUAUACCGUAUUAUGUUAUAUAUUUAGAGUGAGUGUGUCUUGUAUCGUUUCCAUAAAGACUUUAUUUUUACUACUUGUACUGUGUGUGGAACAAGGCGGGAACACCAACGGAAAACCCGGCUUCUUGCAGCACAACGGGGUUGUAUUUAUUGGAGUGCAGGAAGUAGUAUAGGACUAUAACACUUCUUUUUUCAAGUCUUUCAAUACAGAUUGUUUUUUUGUGAUAGCCACGCCUUAUCCAUUCAUUCAUGGAGAGUUACUAUGUAAAUCAAUGAGUUUCAUGAUCGUUUACAGAGUACAGUAUUGUCUGAGAUACUAAAAAUAAGUGAAAGAAUACAUAGAAAUAAGUAUCUUAGUAAUAUAUAUAUAUAUAUAUAUAUAUAUAUAUAUAUAUAUAUAUAUAUAUAUAUAUAUAUAUAUAUAUAUAUAUAUAUAUAUAUAUAUAUAUAUCUUCUGCAUCAAGACUGGAACAAUAAGCGUCACUGACUGCACUCAUUGCCAAGCCCAAGAGAUAUAAGUAUCUCUUGGCUUUGGUCUUUCCCACGGUAUAUCAAGAGUAUAUCGAUAUGUACGUACAGUACACUAUACUAUAACUGCUGGACCCAAGUGCGCUGCCAUCUGUUCCCGCCGUCAACGGUGCCUGUUACCUGUGUCAUCUCAUACCAUAAAAAUAUUUUAGAUGA